ACCAUGAUAAUCAUCAUCACCACGAUGUCGCUGGCGUCCGCCGCAAGACAUGCAUGCGACGAGGACGCCGCGCGAGCGCUCAAACGGCCCUGGGCGCCCGUCGUCUUUCACGGGGAGCGCGAGACGAGGGAGUCGUUACCGGAAAUCGACGCGCGCUUCACCCCGGACGGCGACGCCGACGAGGCCGCCGGCUUUCGCGCCGUCGAGGAGUUUAAUGAAAUGAAACCGAUACCCGCGCUCAGAGAUGCCUACGUGCCGGGCUCGCCGCACCGCGCGAGCGCAUUGGCGCGGCGCGCAGCCACCGACGUGCCACUGCGUUUCGCGGUCUUCGGUAAUUCGUUCACGAUCGGCUCGAACUGUGGCGAGUCGACGACUCAUCACCAGCGCGACUGCGCUUGGCCGGCUCGUUUCGCACGACGCCUGCGCGAGCUCCGACCCGGGAGACCGCCCGAAAUCUGGCACUCGUACCAGAAGAACGGCGAGGCAAGCGUGGACGUUGCGCAGCAACUGCCAGCGAUCGCGAAAGAGCUCGCACAGUCGCCGCCCGACGUUGUGAUUCUCGACCUGUCCAUCGGAGACGCGUUAAACGGCGAGUGGCACUGGUUCGAAGUGGUCGUCCGCGGCCUACUGACGAUCUGGCCGGACGCCGUCGUGAUUACGGUCGUUUCCGCGAUUCCGGUAAUUGUCCGGAGCGGAUCCGAGGAGUGGCUCGAGAUCGCGCGGCACUACAGCCUGUGCGUUGUAGACCUAGCCACCGCGGCGCGAACACAACGGCGGGCGGAUCGGGUCGAUCGCAUCUGGCCGCAGGCGUUGCACUACGUUGACAGUGCGGGAAAGCCGCUGCUGCAACGCUCGAAGCGGUGGCGCGCCGUCGCCGCGAACGAAGGUGCAUUCUUUGCGGGUGAGCCCCGCGUGAGAGUGACCAAGGGCGCCUCGUACCCGCAAAAUCAUCCGCCGUGGACGACGCAUCAGCUACUGGCCGACGCUCUCGCGAGGGCAUUCUUCCUGGAGAUAGCGGCCGGGUGCAAAUCAUGCAGAGCCACACCGCAGAAUUUGCACCCAAUACCGAGCCAACGCGUCGACUGCGCGCCCAGCACGGCGCCGCCAAUACCGGCGACGACCGUCGGACCGGCGGAGGAGAUCGCUUCUCGGCCGAUAUGCCUCCACGCGCGGACAGUCGUAGAUCCUGGACAACCUUCGACCGACGUGGAAUUGACGGGCGACUGGCGGCUCAACAAGGGCUCGACGCCGCGCGACGACCAGGGCCGACGCUCGGGCUGGCUGAGCGACAAGCCCGGCUCGCUCAUACGCUUCCGCGUCGACGCCGCCGGCGCGCAACUUUCCAUCACGUAUCUCGCAUCAUUUGCCAAUUUUGGGCCCUUCCGCGCCUGGGCCGGCGAACCGCAUUCGCCGGGCGCGGUCUCCGUCGAGGUCGACGGCCGCCGCGACCGCUUCUCGCUUCCUCGCGUGGCGCGCUUCCCGUCGAAGUCGGAGCUCAUGCGCGCGUUGCGCCGCUCCGGCGGCGACGUUUUCAUCGAGAACGCUGGGGCGACUGAUGGCCCGUCGCGCGUGAAGAUCCUGGGCGUGGUGAGCGCGGACUGUCAUUAG